UUUGAUUUCUAAAUUUCAACAGAUGACAGAAUUUUAUAGAAUAUAAUUCAAGUGCUAUUGAAAAAGUUGUUUUUAUUGAAUGAUUUUCGUAAAUAAUUUAAGGGAGAUUAUUUUCAAAUAUUAUCUUUCUUUUUUUAUCUGAUCAAGUAGGUCACGAAUCACCAGAGAGAGAAAUUGUGAGUUAUACAAUGAUGUCAAAGUAACGGAAAAAAAUAAUAAAAAUUAAAAUGCCGAUGGAAAAAUAAAUUUAAAAAUGUAUACUUGUAUUAAUUGUGGAAUUGAAGUUGAAGAACUUUAUAGAAAAUACAGUCCGAGUGUUUUAAAAGUUUUAAAAUGUAGCAAUUGUGGAGAUUUGGCAGACAAGUACAUCGAAUAUGAUCCUGUAAUUGUUUUAGUAGAUCUUGUUCUGCUUGAAAAACCAGCAUAUCGUCAUUUACUUUACAAUAGUAAUUUUCAAUCAUACUGGAAAUUGAUGGUUGUUUUACUUUUGGGUGAAUCAUUUAGAGCAUGGUCGUUAUUUAAAAAUUAUAAAAUAAGUCAAGAUUUAGAUAAUGAUGAAAAUUAUAUUCAAAGCAAUAAAUUUGAUAGCGAACGUAGUUUUUAUAUUCUUCUUGCUCAUACUGCGCUAUCAUUGAGCGCUUUUGUCCUUGUUGUGAUAACUAGCACAGAGAUACGAUGGGUUAUUAUGGGCUUACGACCGCACAAGUAUAAAAUAUCUGAUCUUUUUCAUGCAUUAAUUAUUGGAGGUUGUGCUAAACUUCUCGGGCUUCUUGGUGUUAUAUGGCAAUACGUUGCUCCAGAACUUUUUUAUAUUCUGAUUCAUGGUUAUACUAUGCUAUGUCUUUUAACCACGUACUCAGUUAUCUGCGAGAGUGGAAGGACUGGAUCAUUAAUUGGAUUAUCUAGUGGAUUAGUAGCAUACAACUAUGUUUCCAGUUUGAUUUCUUGGUUUCCAUUAAUAAUUACAAAUACUACAGUAACGGAUAAUGUAACAUAA